UUCAAAUCGAACAAUGUUUAAUUACAUUGAAACUGAAACGAUGAGACAAAUUGAGAAUCAAAUGUAUGAUCUGAAUGCUCGAGCUUCAAUCCCAAUUGCUGAAUUCGGAAAUAUUAUGAAGAAAUUCUCAAUCCGACGUGACGGGUCCCUCUGGUCCGGACAUUUGAACGUUAUAUGGGAGUUGAACAGAGCACAAAAGUCUGUGCUGCUCCAGAGCAUGAUCUCCCCGAGACCUCUGAUCCGCAGCUACGUCUCCGUCGUCAACCAAGUCCUCGCCGUUAUCAUUCAAAACCGCGAGUUCGACGCAAAGUUGGCUUCUUCCGCCACGCCCAACUCACCUCCUUGGGACACCGAAUCAGUCUCCCAAGUGUUGCGGUCCAUACCCAGAUGCUUGUUCCAGUCCUCUCGCUCCAUCGGUCGCCAAAAGACCUUCCGUCACCGAGCGCCUCUGAGGCAGCGCAAUCUGAGGCGCGAGUCCCGGAAGCUCCGCGAGAAUGCGCUCGUUCUUGGUCCCGCAGCUCACAGAGACCCCCAAAGGGUCGAGCUUGGAUUGGACAAAGCCCUCGAGUUCUACUACUGGGUCGAGUCCCAUUUCGGCUUCGUGCACAAUGAGAUGACUUGUAGAGAGAUGGGUAUUGUUUUGGCUAGAGGGCAUAGGUUGAAGGAUCUGUGGGAGUUUCUUAAGACGAUGGAUAAGAGAGGUAAUGAGCUUGUCACUACUCCCACCAUCACCUGUUUGAUGAAAGUCCUAGGAGAAGAGGGCUUUAUUAAGGAGGCGAUGGCCGCAUUUUAUAGGAUGAAGCAGCUUCAUUGCAAGCCAGAUGUUUAUGCGUAUAAUACCAUUCUCCUUGCGCUUUGUAGAGUAGGAAAUUUCAAGAAGGCUAAGUUCUUGUUGGAGCAGAUGGAAUUACCGGGGUUCAGGUGCCCCCCUGAUACUUAUACGUAUACGAUAAUGAUUGGUUCAUACUGUAAGUAUAGUAUGCAAACUGGAUGCAGGAAGGCCAUUCGGAGGAGGCUGUGGGAGGCGAACCACUUGUUUCGUCAUAUGCUUUUCAAGGGUUUUGCUCCGGAUGUGAUCACGUAUAACUGUUUGAUUGACGGGUGCUGCAAAACGAAUCGGAUCGGGAGGGCAUUAGAACUUUUCGAUGACAUGAAUAAAAGAGGUUGUGUCCCAAACCGAGUCACAUAUAAUUCUAUUAUUAGAUACUACAGUGCUGUUAAUGAGAUUGACAGAGCUAUUGAGAUGUUGAGGAAGAUGCAAAGCAUGAAUCAUGGCAUACCCACUUCGAGCUCGUACACUCCUAUCAUUCAUGCUUUAUGCGAAGCAGGAAGAGUGAUUGAUGCGUGCAGUUUCCUCAUUGAGUUGGUUGAUGGAGGUUCGGUUCCAAGGGAGUAUACAUAUAAAUUAGUUUGUGAUGCGCUCAACUCUUCAGGGGCAAGUGGUCUGAUAGAUGAUAAACUGCAUAGAAAGAUUCAAGAUGAUAUAGAGAAAAGGCUUAGGCAGGUGAUGAAGGUGAAACCAAUGGUCGCUCGCUAACUGUUCUGACAGCUCAGCAAGAUUCAUCAUGUAAGUGGAAUUGGAGGUUCCAAACAUAUGGAUCGGUCCUCAAGGUUAAAUCUUUUAUCUGAGCAAGCUAUAUCACAUCGCAAGGAGAAUAGAUACAAACUAGGAAUGAAGUUGAACGUAACCGUAUCUCCCUAUAUGGCGCUGCCUUGCGAGAGAAUAAUGUUUCUAUCGAAUAUUCAGGAAUCGAAUCUGGUCAAGCAUACGAGCUCUGUCACCAGUCACCCAUCAUUUGACUGGUGUUCUCUCUCUGUUCAGACAGUCGAGUUCUUCGACAAGUCAAAGGUUCUACCUUAAGCAUUAAGCAUGUUCAUGCCACUGUGGAGUUCAUGCCAUUGAAGAAGCAUAAGGAGGGAAAAAUAUCUUGUUUGGUAAAGAGUGAGUUGCUUUUAUUUUGGUUUACCUAUAGGUAACCAAUGCAAGGUACAUGCUGGCAGGAGUGUCAAGUUCAAGGACGCACUCCUCCAUCUAUAUUUUUUUGCACCCGUGGCUUAGAGAAAAGCCAAAGUUUCUGCUCAUUCCUCUGUUGCUAUGAGCUUGCACUAUCUUAUGGAGA